UAAGAGACAACAAGACCUUUUGUUGUUUUCCGAAGCGAAAUAGUUAAUAGACUCAUUUUUUCAAAUACUCAACUAAUUAGAAGAUAUGGUUUUAGUGCACUAUUAUUUUUGUCAUUAUUAAUUAUUUAUGUGACGACAAUUUUCGGUCAACCGUUUAUAGAUCGUGUUCUUGGGCAUUAGUUAUUUGCUUCUCCGUUUUACUUAAUGGCCAAUAUGUAUUCCAUGUUCUCAUUGAUACAACAACACAAUAAUUAAUUAUUGAUCACACGAUGAAUACUACACAGAUUUAAAAAUAAUAUAAAAUAUCAGUUUUGUUGCCGGAGAUCGUCAUAAAAUGGCUGGUAAAACUCCGUCCGAAAAAAGACUCCACAAAGAAUUGAUAUCGCUCGUUAAAGAACCUCCUCCAGGAAUGGUUGUAGAUGUUGACCAAGCUGAACAAAAUCUCAAUGUUUGGACUAUAAAUAUGCAAGGUGCUGAAGGUACUUUAUAUGAUGGAGAACAGUUCCAGUUGCAAUUCAAAUUUGGUACCAGUUAUCCCUUUGAGUCGCCUGAAGUUACAUUUGUGGGCCAAAACAUUCCAGUUCAUCCACAUGUGUAUAGUAAUGGACAUAUUUGUUUAUCUAUUCUUACUGAUGACUGGUCACCAGCAUUAUCUGUUCAAUCUGUCUGUCUUUCAAUUAUAUCUAUGCUAAGCAGCUGCAAAGAAAAGAAAAGACCUCCAGACAAUAGUUUUUACAUAAAAACAUGCAACAAAAAUCCAAAAAAAACAAAAUGGUGGUAUCACGAUGACAAAGUUUGAAGUAUUGAACAUCCAUUAUUUUAUCUUUUCACUAUAAUAUAUUCUCAUUUAGUGAAAAUUGUGAUCUUAUUUUUAUUGCAAUUAAAUGUACUCACUUUAACAAAAUUAUUAAUUAGACCCAGAUCCUGUUAAAUGUACAUUUGUUUAUUAUAAAUAAAUAUGAUUACCUUUCAAUUAUUAUACACACUAAUAAAUAUGUAAUGUACUAUUAUUUUCUUAAGUUAAGUAGUAUAUCUUAAAAAAUAAUCUGAACCUAUAUUGCUAAUAAAAUAUACCAUGAACAAGGUAAAUAUAUUUGUAAAAAUCAUGUAUUUAUAAACAUAACAUAGGUGCGUUAAUAUAUUAAAUUGUAAAUCAUAGAUAAA